GGCCCCUUUGUUCUUCCCUCUACGUACAUUUAUUCACGUUGACCUCACCGUAGUCGAGGGUGCAUAAUGCCUUUGUUGACCUUGCAGACAAGUGCUCGUGCCCCUUAUGAAAGGCUCUCAGACCUUCCCUCGGCCAGCGAGGACGAUGACUCUGUACUCGACGAUGGCCAAGAGGACGGACGGCCAGCGAAGAAGAAGCGAUGGUGGAUGUACCUUCCCUUACUCAUGCUUGUCAUUCUCUUGUUCGCACCGCAAUACAACAUACUGGUCAUGCUCGUCUCAUACUACCUGACUAUACACGAUUCUCCGUUUCUCUUCGCAGUCCACUUGUCGAUCAUAUACCUCUUUACCUUCUUGGCUUCCUGUUCACUCCUCGUAUGUGUCGUGCGCGAUCCAGGCGCCAUUCGUGUCGGUGAAGAUGCCGGUCCUGAUUCUAACAUGCAGGACACUGAAGAUGAAAAUGAAGAAACGGACAUGGUUGAUGCGCUUCGCAUGAGCCCUAACUCCAAGACCAGAAAAGGGCAACCUGAACCCUUUGACGAUGACUUCAAUGCCCCACACAAAUGGUGCAGGAAAUGCUGGGCACCAAAGCCAGAAAGGACACAUCACUGUUCUGCUUGUGGACGCUGUGUUCUCAAGAUGGAUCACCAUUGCCCAUGGCUCGCUCAAAAAUGCGUGGGACACUGGACUUAUACAGCCUUCCUCCAUUUCCUUCUUUGUAUAUCCCUCCUUUCUUCGUAUAUCGCGCUUCUUGCAGGCCGGAUUGUCUACGUCGCGUUUUUAAAUCCCUUCCUUGUGAACGAACGAACGGCCCUUCACGCUCUCUUCCUCUCAAUAUACGGCGCUAUAUUUUCUCUUGUCGUUGGCUCUUUCUUCCUUUGGCAUGUAUACCUCGCUUCAACCAAUCAAACGACCAUAGAGAACAUAUCUCCUUUCCUCCUCCUGCGCUAUCUCCCAAGCUCACCUGCCAUCCAUACACUGCCCGAAGCAUCUACACCUCUGGCAACCGCAGGUAGCAUCCCUCCAUUUCCCCCACAACCCUCCCUCCAUCCUUCAUCCCGACCAAGUACUCCUCCAGAUCCCACAUACGCUUCCCUCCACGUCCCAACAACCCCAACCAGCCAAGCUCAACUCCGACUCCAUGAACACCAGCUUAACGCCUCCCAACGCCGACACGUCCGUUACGCACAUAGCCAAAUUCGUCUAUACGACGUCGGCUUUCGCGCAAAUUGGGCCCAAAUAAUUGGGGUUGGGAAGAAGCGCGGAUGGCGUGGGGUGGUGUAUAAGCUUAUUUGCGGUGGAGGUGGUGCAGGAAACGGUAAGACGUUUCCGAGGAAUCCGCGUGCUGAGGGUAUGUUGGCGAGGCUGGCUGCGGAACUUGCCAGUGAGGAUAAGAUUGAUUGAGGUUGGUCUGUUGUGUUGUGUUGAUUGGUCGGGUGGAUUUGGACUAUCUUUUUUAUUUCUUUGUGCUGUUGUUAUUUAGAAUUUGUUUUUCUUCUCACUAUUUUAUCAAGAUUUCGUUCUGGUCGUCAUUGCUUAUAGCUUUGCUUUGUGGAUAUCAUCUUAUACGGUACUAGUUUCAUGCCUAUUAGCGACUGUACAUUUGCACAAUGGACACUGUUACGAUA